AUGGGGCCCCUGUGUCCUUGCCACACUCAAAGCACACCCAAAAAAGCCUAUAAAAAAGGUACCAGGGGCAUUUCAUGGGGCCCCCUACUGACCCUCGGGCCCCCGGGCAAUAGGGGAUCAUGGGGCCCCUGUGUCCUUGCCCAAACAUGCCUAUGAAAAAGGUACCAGGGGCAUCUCAUAGGGCCCCCUACUGACCCUGGGCCCUUGGGCAGUGCCUGAGCUUCCAAAUGGUCAGUCUGCCCCUCAGCACGAUCAUGUAUGUAUAUGCCACCAUCCAAGAAAGUAGAUCA